AUGUCUUUACAUUACUUAGACAAAAAGACGACGGAACGUUUCGACUUCUUGAUACAUCUUUGCGAUCUGUCGAAGUCGGACUCUUUUGCGCUCCGAACUGAACAAAUACCAAAUCGGAUAUGUGCCCGGAAAUGAUUUCUCACCUGGUAUGCAAUGCGGAAGGGUGUGUCAAGGCUACCGCUGAAGCAUCCCCAGCGCCAUCCCUGGCCUCCUUUUCAAGGGGAAGAGGGGCGCAAGAAUGGGCUCAGGGAUGCGACGCAGUAGCUCUAAGUGUGUGCUCUAAUGGAGCCGGUCUGUGAGG